UGCAGAACAGCAGAACGGUGUUCUACUGUACUAACAGUACUCAACAGUAACCCCAUCUGGCCAUACCUCGCUUACUCAUAGAAAUUCGGUUGAAUUGAAGUUGUGCAAUUUUUGAAAGUAUAGUUGUAUUACACAAUUUCCCCUCAUUUUUGAUAAAUUAUGGAGUCUGCAACAGAUGUGCCAACUUCAUUAGAAGAUUUACCCCUGGACAUCAUUGAGUUGAUAACGCGUCACAUUACAGUGGAGGAGCUAGCAGCUUGUUGUGCUGUCAGCUGCAGGAUGAGGGAAACUUUUGGAGAAGAUGUUCUGUGGAGAAAGCACUGUAACCAGGAACUAGCAGAAUAUUUGAGGACUACCCCCUGCAAGGUAGAUCCACCUUUUGUCAGCCCAGAGACUGAGGACAGCACAUUAAGUCCUAUUAGCUACUGGAGGAUGGCGUUCAUGAGGGAGAAUCAUCUCUGGGACAACUGGAUGCAAGGGAAAUUCAAGCAAGAGUGGCUAUUAGAAAAAACUUUUAAUAAAAACUGGCCUAGCUCUGCUAAGUUCCUCACAAAUGACAUUGUGAUGGUGGCAUCUAAAAACAAAAUCAAUGUCUUAGAUGUGAGCCACAACCCUGCAGUUGAUAUAGUUGAACCAAUUUAUUUUACUGCUUUUGUAUCGCACGAAUUAAAAAUACAUGGAGAAAACAAUAUGGUCUAUAUUUUCCAUUUAAGUUGUGUGCAAUGUUACUACUUAGAAUUCAGUACAAAACAGAACUUCCUGAAGUAUGUGUUUUUCUUUGAGGAUUCAGAAAAGUUAGACAACUUAGUUGAUUAUGGAAAACGAUUGAGCAUCAGAAGUCAUGCCCUUUAUGAAUGGGUAAAUCUACGCAUUGUACAAGGAAAGUACUUUGUAGGAAUCCUUCCGAGAGACUUGGAGAUGCAUGUUUGGGAUCUAGAAAAAGGUGUAAAGGUAAAAAAAGAGAUUUUACCGAUCAAAAAGGGUUUUGUUGAUGCCAUUAGAGGUUCUUAUCCAAUGAUUAUCUUUGCCAUUAGAGAUAUGACUGAAACAAAAUUAACCUAUAUUAUCUACAGUCUAAUCACUUUCUCUUUUUUACCCUUUCAGACAACAGGCAAUUAUUCUGAGUUUGAUGUUCACAAUGAUGUCGUUCAGCUUUGGAUACCUCACACUCUUACAUUGUAUAAUGCUCAGACCUCAGAAAUUAUCCUGACUUUUAGAUCGUAUCCAUACCAGCCAGUUGUUGUCUUUGAUAACAAAUUUUUAUUUAUUGAUAAUCGUACCUUGACUCUAGUUGAUCGUCAUGCAUUGGAUAUAAAGCAUGCAUUAUUGCCAGAAACUAGGAUUUUUAAUUUGUUAACAAAAAGGUUCAUCCAGAUUGAGAGAAAAGAUGAACUUGGAAUUUGGUUAUUGAAUGGGAAUAACUUAAGAAAAACUAUGACUUCAACCAUGGGGUGUGGAGUAGUAUUCUGUGUAAAUAAGGUUUCCACAAGAUCCCUUAUACAUCUAAAGGGUAAGAAAUCAGUUGUACAUUUUUGGUAAAAGCAAAAAAUAAGCAGCAAAAAUACUUUUAAUGAAUUAUUAAUAAAAUUUACAGGUGAUUGAUUAAAUAUAAAAAAUAGGUUUAGUUUUAUUUCAUUCCUGGUGUGAGAUAAACAGCACAAAUAAUUUUGCCUUUACAUUGCAAUAAUUUUGCAAUACAAUAUAUCAUAUUUUUGAGGCUGAGUAAAAAUUUCAUAGUAACAAGAAAUAUAAAUUAAAAAUUAAUGAAGUUAGUUUAAUUGCAUAGUAGGUUUGGUUAAUAACAAUUAAUUUGGACCAACCCCUGUUGAGAUUAUUACAUUUAUGGAUUAAACAAGAUAUUUAGUAGUAUAUUGUAAGAAAUAUAGGUGUAUGAUACAUUGUAGUUGUAUAGCCACACUAGCCAUAGAACAUUUUAUUUAUUAUUAUUUUAGAAAAUCUUCAUUACUUUGUUAAAGGUUCAUGUUUGUGCAAGACCAAUUACCAAUUUAUGUUCUCAGAGUUAUGUAUACAUUGUGAUUGAGAGGGGAGAGAUUGAGACAAAAAUUGUUUUUAGAAAGGAAAACAAGUAUUUUUAAUUAAAUAAUUAUUAAUUUUGUAUCUUGAACUUGCAAUAUUUAUGUUAUCACUUAAUGUGUUUGCCUUAACAAAAUAUCUACAUUAGUAAAAUUUUGAUCAGCGGGCUUUACUAUAGUAGAUAAAAAGAAAAUUUAUUGUCCUUCAUAGCCAAAAUCGAGAUGGAUAAAAAAUAUUUGUAUAUAUUUAAGCAGACAGGUACACGUAGUAAUUUAGUUCCUCCAGGUUCUGUUUUAUACUAAAGCAUGCCUUUGCCAUGUUAACCGUUGAACCUUUGAGAGGGGUUGGUAACUGAUGACCCUAUUGAAAUAUUGUUUAGUCUCUGGGAGUUUUGUGAAGAUCUUCACAUUUCGAACCAUUUGGCUUCAAUGCACACUUGGUUAUUAAACUAGUAGACAUUCCAUAAUCUUUUCGAAGAACACUUUACCCUUAUUUUAUUCAAAUGUUGAGUAUACAGCUUAUGUUUUAAUGGGUUAAAUUGCAAUACCAUACGAGAGUUGAUGAUUACAUUGGUGAAUUUACCUUAUAAGCAAUAUAGAGAAACAUAAUCAAUGUUUUAUUUACAUAGAGCAUGUUUUAUCUCUCAUACAGCAAGAGACAGAACAGAUCUUGCCUCCGGUCUAAUGUCAUUACUACUACUACUAUAACUAUAAUCCUUUAAAUAUUAAAUAGGAAUAAAAAUCGUCUACAUUCUUUGUACAAUGGCUUGGCACUUGAUCUAGAUAAUGUAAAAUUUUCAUAAUUUUAUACAGUCAUUCUUGUAUUUGGAUAGUUAUUCAAGAAUGUUAAACAACAAAAUAUAUGUUUCCAAUUAAAACAAAAAAAAUUGUUUAAAACUCAAUAUUCACCAAAUAUUAUUGUGACAGCAUCAUAUCCAGUUAUUCAACAAAGUAAAAUAGAAUGAAACCUCGAUGCUUGUUUGUGUCAUGUAAAGAAAUAUAGAGCUUGUGUAUUUUAUCUUACAAAUAGUCAAAUUAUACUUAAGUUUAUUAUAUUAAUUGUAAUAACAAAGCAGAAAAGUAUUACUUGUGUCAGUUUUGUGAAGUGGUUUUUAUCCUGGCACUUUAUGCGUAUGACUGAGAAAUUACCUCUUCACUAAAGGAAUAAAUGAAAAUGUUAACUGUAGUACCUACAAUUUGUUCUUGUUAAUAACAACAAUAUUAUUUUAUUCAAUUGUAAGUCUAAGUUUAGUCGUUUUUACUAUCCCUAUUUUAUUGUAGGUACUGUAGUUACUAUAUUUCAAAACAAAGCCGCUACUUAGUUAUAAGUAGUGACAUUGUUUGAAAUAUCUAUUUUUAACAGUUUAUUCAUUUAUUUUAAAGCUUACUUUAAGACUUCGUUGCAUAGUACAAAUAAAGGGUUUUACUAACAUUCCUCCUUGUUUGUGUUUAGUUUACUGUUCCAGUCUAAAAUACGACUCUUUUGUAAUACUUUGUGUGUGGUCUACCAAUGAGAAUAUAUCAUUUUUUGCCAA